AUGGAGUAUUGGAAACGAAAGCUAUUGGACGCCUUGGUGGCGAUCUUAUGCUACGGGUUGCCUUGCGUGAGUGGUCGGUUGGCUUCUUCCGGACCAUUGGAUGUUUCGCCGCCACCAGUAACUGGAGAACCACCCGCAGCAGAAGUGAUAACCAGUUCCGCUGCGGCAACAGCAUCACAAACGCGAGCAACCGCCGUGACUACUGAUAGUUCCGCCCCGAAGAAUGAUUCCGCGAGGGAAGCGGUUUCAUCGGCCGUUCCGCCACUGGUUGCUCAGCCGACCGAUGACCUGCACGAAACAACGUCGCCUUCCGAACCGGAUCUAUCAGCGGAUCGGAGCUAUACUGACGAGGACACACUCGACCGGCAAGGGUCGUUACCGAUCGAGCCUCGGUCGAUCGCCGACGGAACGGCUGCCGCCAAUAGUUUGCAACCGUCAAUCGAAAGUCCACCAGGUGACGAGAAUGGUGAGAAGUGGGAAGACACGACGGUAUCGUCCACACCGCCAAGUCCGAGUGACCCCGAGGUCUUCGAGUGCCCGGAUCGUCCGUUUAUCGACAUAUCGGGUGAUUAUCGGCACCGGAAGUACCCGCGCGGAGCUCGAGCAGAUGCGGAACCCACAUCGGAUGGACUGAGCGCUUAUGUCGAUGGGUAUGCAAAAGAGCAUGGCUACCGAGUCCUGCGGCUACCCGGUGACCUGAUGAUGACCUUCAUCGUCGAAAUGGACGAUUUUGGAGCCGCGGUGCUGGCGAUCGAUCGUAUCAAUGAGCUGCGACUGGCCGGCGAGGACAUGGUUCUAGGCCUCAACAUAAUUCAUCUCUUGAAUGCGUCUCUCAGUCAGCGGAUACUACAGCAGGAAGUAAACUAUCUGAAAGAAUGCUCCAGCAACACGAUAGGGAUCUUCGUUAGUUCCCACAUAUGGCCCGCGGUGCGGCUCCUCUCGGAAACGCUGGACUACAAUAUUUUCCCGCUUCCUUCCACAUACGAUAUGCUCUUCACAAAGGCUGCCCACUUGCUGUACGAGCUACCGUGGACAAGCCUCAACUCAUCUGCAGUGAUUCGUUCUGGAUCGGCCGAAUUAGCCACCAAGUUCGGUGCCAUUUGCCGGCAUGAACAUCUGUGCUUGGAGAGCAUUCCUAGCAGCGACACGAUUUACAUACUGCUCGGGCUGGAAACCUCGAUCCGAUCUUACGCCUCCAACGGAACCGUUGUGCUUGUGUUGAGCGGAAGGGAACAGUGGCACGUUGCCGAUGUUCCUGCCUCGGCGUACGUGAUAACGGAGAGUGCCGUCAAUGUGACCACACUGGGUUACUCGUCCGAUCGGUACGGGGCAACACUACGAGGAUCGGAUCUCCUCGCCGAAGGUGGACUGCUGCUGGAGGUGGCCGAUCUUCUGAAUCGCACCGGAACGGAGUGCCUGAACGCUAGCAUCGAGUGUCUGAACAAUUGGAAGUAUCACGCAAAACGGUCACAUUCGGAAGUGCUGGCACAGCUGCAGUUACUCAACGGGACCCAGAUGAUGGCGGUCGAACUGAGACAAAAAGUCGUGCCACGUUUGGCGGAUCUGAACGGGGCCAACGUUAUCGCUGCCAUGAAAUCCCUCGGCCAGAUGAAGUUGGUGGCUAGCUCGAACGUGAUCACCAACUAUACCACCAUUCCGCAGCGCUCUUCGGACAACGCCGACGUUCCUGCAACGCUCGGAGCGAUUUUCUACUGCGCGAAGGAGUUUGAAAUUCGACAUCCGGACUUUAUCGAGCGGCACCAUCGGCCGAUCUACUACGAUGGUCGCGGUGUGGCGGAUGGUGCGGAGAUCUUUGGUGAGAUGUCAUGGCAGCUCAAAAUGGAAGCCUGGGUUGCGGCCGGUUUGACCGUGUCAUCGCUCGGCAUUCUGCUGUGCGCCGCCAUACUGAUCUUCCUCCUGGUGCGGGUCUGCAUGGACGACAUUCUGGAGGGCCAUCCUCUCGGCAGUAUUCUUUUGCUGGUGAGCCUGAUCGUACAGUUCGCGGCGUUCAUUCCGUUCAGCCUGGAGUACACUGGCUACGGCGAGGCGACGGAGCUCGGUGGCCAUCGGGUGGACACCUUGCACACCUGGAACGCGCAUUGCACGGUCAAGAUCUUCCUCGUGUCGGUGUGCUACUGUAUGACGUUUUCGUUGCUUCUGUGCCGCGCCAUCAUGCUGGCCUCGAUCGGCAGCGAGGGUGGAUUCCUGUCACACAUCAACGGCUACAUCCAGAGUGUGAUCUGUGGCUUCAGUACGCUCGUACAGUUCGGAUUGUCGGCGCAGCUGGUGAUCGUGCUGCAAGCGAACGCACACAACAUUUCCUGCAGCGAGAUCUACUACGGCAAUUGGUUUUGGGCGGUCAUUGCGUACGACGGGAUCUUGCUGAUAGCGCUCAUCUUUCUGGCACCGUUCAUCUUCCGCUCCCAGCGCAACUAUCGUGAAGGUUUGCUGCUGGUGACCGGAUCGGUGCUCUGUCUGGUAAUAUGGACCGUGUGGAUUCCUCUGUGCAUGUUCGGCUACGAGUGGCGCGAAGCGGCAGUCUCACUCGGGAUGGUGGCCACGGCUUUGGCCGUACUGGUCGGUAUCAUGAUCCCGCGCUGUUUCCUGAUGGUGCGGGGCAUUGCCAGGUCAGAUUUGGUACAAGCGCUUCCAUCGUUGACAUCGUUGGCAUUCGCUCAAGCAAAUCAGUACAUUUCCGAACAGAGUGUCUAUGAGUGCGUCAAUCCGGCAAUGCGACAGCGAUCACCAACCGACGAUAGCUUCAUCAUGGAUCAGGACCUUGACGAAGCGUACGCGGCCAACAGUGAAAUUCCAACGUUGCCACUGCGUGGCCAGCGUAGCCGGUUGCGCCAGGAAAAUGGUGCCAGCACCAUCAACGGCACCAACAACCAUGGUCCCAUCGGCAACGGAAUUCUUCAAACCAACUCCAGCAACGUCACUCAUAUUGCACCGAACUUCUAUGGCAUCUCCAAUCCGUACAGUUGUUCCGACUCGCUGACUUCUCUCUCGCCGAAUAAAAUUACCCGUUUCUGAGAAGCUCACGGUGCAGCACCAAGGGACAGGUUGAACACCGGUCUUCCAGCUUCGCUGCCAGCACACAUUCUAGUCAUAUGGAAACGGAUGAUCUACACCGAUUCACGGCGCUAUUGCUGCGAAAACUCGUGGUUUAUGUGUGUUUUUUUGGUUCCAUCACCUUACUUUU